AUGCAGGCCAUUAAAUGCGUAGUCGUCGGUGAUGGUGCCGUCGGAAAGACAUGCCUUUUGAUCAGCUACACCACCAAUGCUUUCCCUGGAGAGUACAUCCCAACAGUUUUUGAUAACUACUCGGCAAACGUCAUGGUCGAUGGCAAGCCCAUCAACCUGGGUCUCUGGGAUACCGCCGGUCAGGAGGAUUACGAUCGUCUGCGCCCUCUGUCGUACCCGCAGACUGACGUCUUCCUAAUGUGCUUCUCCCUUGUAAGCCCUCCCUCGUUCGAGAAUGUGCGGACAAAGUGGCACCCCGAGGUCUCACAUCACGCACCCAACGUGCCCGUCAUCCUGGUCGGAACCAAGCUCGAUCUGCGCGAGGACAAGGAAACCAUUGAGAAGCUGGCGCAAAAGAGGAUGGUGCCCAUUGGCUUCAACCAGGGACAGCAUGCCGCCAAGGAUAUGGGUUUCUCCAAAUAUCUUGAGUGCUCGGCCCUGACGCAGAAGGGUCUGAAGAACGUCUUUGACGAGGCUAUCCGUGCGGUCCUGGCCCCCCCUACUCCAACGAAGAAAAAAAACAAGUGCAUGAUCCUCUAA